ACAAGAACUUUGCAAAGAAAUAGUAACGGAAUUAUUAGGCCCACCAUCUGAUAUUCGUAGACCAGAUUUCUUAAAAACACCUGAUCAUCCAUUAGGACUUGAACUUGAUAUAUACUAUCCACAAUAUGGUUUUGCUAUCGAAGUUCAAG